AUGACAGAAAUUCAAAAUGGCAGCCAAGUCACUGAAUUCAUCCUUCUUGGCCUCACUGGUCGGCCAGAGUUGCAACCUAUCCUUUUUGUGGUGUUUCUGUUUAUUUACCUCAUUACCUUGAUAGGGAAUCUUGGAAUGAUUACAUUGAUCAGAAUUACCUCUCGCCUGCACACCCCCAUGUACUUCUUCCUUAGCCACCUUGCCUUUGUGGAUGUGUGUUAUUCCACUAAUGUCACACCUCUCAUGCUAACUCAUUUUUUAUCUGAGAAGAAAACCAUUUCCUAUGUUGCUUGCUUGACCCAAUGUCACUUCUUCAUAUCUCUGGUCAUUACUGAGUACUUCAUGCUGGCUGUGAUGGCCUAUGACCGCUACAUGGCCAUCUGCAGCCCACUACUCUAUAGCAGCAAGAUGUCCAUGAGCACUUGCUUCUGGUUGGUCAGCAUUCCUUAUGUUCAUGGCUCUCUUGUUGGUGCGGUGCAGGUCACUUUGACAUCUCAUCUGAAUUUCUGUGGCCCUAAUUCCAUCAACCAUUUCUACUGUACUGACCCUCCUUUGCUGGUACUGAGCUGUUCUAACACUUAUGUCAAACAGACAGCCUUGCUCAUCUCUGCAGGCAUGAACCUCUCAAGCUCCCUCUUAAUCAUUCUUGUCUCCUACAUUUUCAUAUUUGCUGCCAUAUUGCGUAUUCGUUCCACUGAGGGACAGCGCAAAGCCUUCUCCACAUGUGGUUCCCAUUUGACAGCAGUCACCAUGUUUUAUGGCACCCUCUUCUGUAUGUAUGUGAGGCCUGCCACCAAAAAGUCAGUGGAACAGGGUAAAAUCAUUGCAGUGUUUUGUAUCUUCCUCUGUCCUCUGUUGAACCCAUUUAUAUAUAGCUUGAGGAACAAGGAUGUUAAAGAUGCUCUUAGGAGGAUCUUUGGAAAAAUCAUCCACAAAAGGAAAAGCAAUACAAUGGCCACCAUAUCUUAA